CGCCUCAUCGGCUCGGUGUGUGAUACAGUAAUAAAGGGGCAGAGUGGCCGGCCGGCAGGAAAGUGACUUCGGGGUUGGGCUUCAAAGGAAGAGGAGAGGAGAAGGAGGAUAAAUUCAAUCUAUGAAUAAGUUGAUAAGUUGGCCGAUGCAACAAAUCAGCUGCUGGUUAGUCAGUUGAGAGUCACAGACGGCAGCAGAGGGAGAUUUUUGUAACCGAGUUUGCAAAGUUGACUGGGAUCAACCUGAAGACCUUUCAUUUGGAGCAUCAUGUCUCGGCCUCAUCUGGCGAUUGUGUUCCUGUGUUGCCUCCCAUUGGCAGCCUGUUUGCGCUGCUACACAUGUGUGUUUCCUGCCAUUUCCCCUAUGGACUGUCUCAAGUUUCCUCAGGAAUGCCCAGCUGGCCAGCGCUGCCUGGCUAGCACUGCGAUGGGAACACGAGGCUCACUGCAGAUUACCCUGUAUGAGAAGAGCUGCGCCAUCUCCUCCCAGUGUGACGUCAGUGGGCAGAAGCACGCCGCCGGACUAAGUUUCAACUACACCAACAUCUGCUGCGAUACGGACCUGUGUAACGGGGCCGCGCCCACUGCUGCCCUCUGCUGGAGAGCAAUGGUGCUCUGUCUGCUGCCUCUGCUCUGUCUAACACUGGUCUGAACGGGCAGAGAUGUCAGCCAAACGUCCAUCUGGAUCAGAUUAUCCUUUCCCAUCCUCAGCCACGACGGUGCUCUCCAGUUCAACAUAAUGACGUUUUGCAAAAAAAAAAAUUCACCAAUAUGGGGUUAUGAAAGAAAAUCUGAGCUUGACUACAAUGAUAUGUAUUAUGUACAGAAUAAUGUCCGGGUAAAGAUGUAUUUAUAUGCAUGUAUACACGCAGGGGCACGUGCAUGCUUUAAUAAGCUAACAGACUUAAAAUAUUUUGCCAAAUUUACAACAAAUUAACAGUUGAGUGUCCCAAUAACCAGACACAAUAACCGUAUUAAUCUUGAUUGUAUGUGCUGAUGAAAGGUAACCGCACUACCUUCCAGAGACGGCGUCUCAUCUGUGCCACAUUUGGAAGACAGGAGGCUGAGUUUUUAAAAUGAGCAUCUCCCGAGAUGGAAGCAUGCUUACAGACUUGAAACUGUAUAACUGCUGGAAUGUGUAACUUUUGUAUGCUGCGACACUGGCCACGGCUCAGUGGUGAAAAACAGCGCCCAUUUUGAGAUCACCACCAAGGUUGAAGGUUAAAAAGAAAAUGAAACCGGUCGAACGACGGUGAUUAAUAAACGAAACUUC